AUAUACCAGAAAGCUGCCGACAGGUGAGGAAGAAAUCGUCUAUCAGACGGACUCGGAUUGCUCUUAAGCCGAUCUUCCCCCUUAUUCGCGGUUUGCCAUUCGAUCUACGAUCCGAUCGUCAGGGAGAUUUAAUCGCAACCGAGACUGCUACCUCAAGCCGUUCAAAAUGCGGACAGAGAUGAGUGCAGCUCGUUUUCUUUGUUGCUUACUGUUGAUCGCCAUUGUGGGAACUGUCAUCGCAUGUGCCGAGCCGGAAUCCAUGGCUAGAUCGACGAGACCAAAAGUAAUUGCUAAUUCCGAAGAAUUGAAGCGAUAUCUCGAUCUUGUUCGAGAGUAUUAUUCCAUGACAGGAACAGCAAGGUUUGGAAAGCGAAAUGAUCCACCAAUCUCGGAGAAUACUAUUUGGGAAAUAUUUAGGAUGAUCCUGGACAAUGCACAACGGCAAAAUGAACAGCGAAGACGGGAUAGGAUCAGACAGAACAAAGAGCCAGUCCCGUUUAAUGACUUCUAGAGUUUGGAUGCUGACAAGUACAUCGCUACACGACCUGGCUCUCAUCCGAAUGUAAUUGACAAAUACUUGGACAAUGUACAAUAAAUUUCAUAGCGUUUUCCCUUUUACUCUCCCUAAUUUCCAUUGAAAUAUAUCAAAGAUGUUAUCUCUCCCCGUCUCGAUGUUUAGGAGGAAUCGAAAGAAGCGUUUAUCAAUGUUAAAUUUAAUUUAUAUUCUUUUAUAGUAUUUGUUGUAUAUAGUAUAAAAUAUAUAUAAAUACACAAUUUAUAUAUUAUAUGUUAAUAUAUAUAUACAUAUUAUAUAUAUUAAUAAUAAUAAUACGUAUUAUUAUUCAAUUGGUCAGAGACACUUAAGUACCAUAGAACAUUUUUUAAAGAUAAUGAGUUCAUGAAGAUGAUACAGAAAUGCAAAGUAUCGAGAAACAUGGAGACAUUUAAUCGAAAAAUGGCUAAUAUAUUUAAAUUAAUAAUGCUUGAGAUAAGAAGACUCCUAUAAAUUAUGUGAUAUGAAUCUAGAUUAGCGCAAUUGUAACUCCCUUUUAAUUUGGUAUGUAUAAAUUCUUCGUUAACAAUAAUUAAGAACUAUAAUAAAUCUAUAUUGCACUAAGAC